ACUAACAGCAGAGAUGCAGAAAUACUUCGGGGGGUUUUGCGCGUCGCUCCUUCUGUGCGCAGCGCUGUCGGAGAGUAUCGGGCUGGUGACGGCGGCGAAGGAGAAGCGUGGUUGGACUCUGAACAGCGCAGGAUACCUGUUAGGUCCUCGUCGUAUUGAUCACCUAAUUCAGAUAAAGGAUUCCCCCAGUGCCCGAGGCAGAGACGUGCUGGCCGCUCCAUAUGGAAUCGACGGACACCGGACGCUUGGAGACAAGCCGGGCCUGGCUGGGAAGAGAGACAUGGAGGACGACUUCAGAACAGGAGCUCUGAGAACAGCAGAUGAAGACGUCGUCCACACCGUCAUCGACUUCCUGUCCUACCUUAAACUGAAAGAGAUGGGUGUGUUGGAUGGUCUGGCUCCUUCCGUCACGUCAGACGAACUGGUCAAUCCCUGACGAGUCGCCUCUAUCUGUCUGUCCUCUUAGACGUCAUUGUAACUCCACUGAUGAUGUAGAAGUGUAACACUGUCCCAGUGCAAGUGACUUAUUGUCUGUGUGUAAAUAAAAGUGUAGAGGAUGUAAC